AAGCAGGGUGUAAGGUGAGGCGGGUUUGGUUGCGCGGUUCGGGAAGCUCGAGCGCUGUUGUCCAGCUGAGUGCGGCCGAGUUCGGGCAGGGAGGCGGAGGCGGCGGCGGCGGCUCAACCUCGCGGGUCGCGACAUGUCCAUACAGUACGGUGACGAGGAGCCGCUGGCUGGCAGUUAUGGCGGGGUGGACUCGUUCCCCAAGGACUUCGGUUACGGGGUGGAAGAAGCAGACAUGGAAGGGAACGAGUCACAGUCAGACAGCAAACCCCGCAUCUUGCUGAUGGGCCUCAGGCGCAGUGGUAAGUCGUCCAUCCAGAAGGUGGUCUUCCACAAGAUGUCCCCCAACGAGACCCUCUUCUUGGAGAGCACCAAUAAGAUCUACAAAGACGACAUCUCCAACAGCUCCUUCGUCAACUUCCAGAUUUGGGAUUUCCCUGGGCAGGUGGACUUCUUCGACCCCACCUUUGACUAUGAGAUGAUCUUCAGGGGCACUGGAGCGCUCAUCUUCGUGAUAGAUGCGCAGGAUGAUUAUAUGGAAGCUCUAGCAAGACUUCACCUGACAGUAUCACGAGCAUACAAAGUCAAUCCUGAAAUUAAUUUUGAAGUAUUCAUCCACAAAGUAGAUGGUUUGUCAGAUGAUCACAAGAUAGAAACCCAAAGAGACAUUCACCAGCGGGCCAAUGAUGACCUUGCUGAUGCUGGUUUAGAGAAACUCCACCUAAGCUUUUACUUAACCAGCAUCUAUGAUCAUUCAAUAUUUGAAGCAUUUAGUAAAGUAGUACAGAAACUUAUCCCACAGCUACCAACACUGGAAAACCUACUUAACAUCUUUAUAUCAAAUUCAGGAAUUGAAAAAGCCUUUCUUUUUGAUGUAGUCAGUAAAAUCUAUAUUGCCACAGACAGCUCACCUGUAGACAUGCAGUCAUACGAGUUGUGCUGUGAUAUGAUAGAUGUGGUGAUUGACGUCUCCUGCAUUUAUGGACUUAAAGAAGAUGGCACCGGAAGUGCAUACGAUAAGGAGUCUAUGGCAAUUAUCAAACUCAACAACACAACAGUUCUCUACCUUAAAGAAGUGACGAGGUUUCUUGCUCUUGUAUGCAUUCUGAGAGAAGAAAGCUUUGAGAGAAAAGGUUUGAUAGACUACAAUUUCCAUUGUUUCCGUAAAGCCAUCCACGAGGUAUUUGAGGUUGGAGUCAGUGCUCAUAGACCAAGCAGCCACCAAGUCAAUAUGCAGAACAUGAAGACAGUAACUCACAAUGGCACACCCAGAGCUGCUGUGUAGCCAACCAAAGGAUGACUGUGCCAACCUUCCUGUGAUUCAAGUCUGCUGGUGCAGCAGUAGACAAAAAAAUGAAGCAGAGCACAUCAGGACUUGCAUUAAGGACUAGAGUGGUGCCCUCUCAAGAAGAACAUUGUGUACUGAACCUUUGUGGAUUAACGCUAAGCAAUUCUGUAAGCUGUAUCUGUACACUGGGAGGUCUAGCUGUGUCAGUACAGUGGUGGCUUUGCAAAGUACCAAACCCACAAUCAUGCCAGAAUAAUAUUUCCAUUGGAUUAGCCUUUUGAUCUGAUUUGUACUAUAGUACAGAUAGAAUAAGUGAACAUCAUUAUCAUGGCCUAAAUAUUUUCUACAACUCUUUUGAAUUAUUGUUAUAAAUACUCUUACCUCUAUUCCACUGCCUCCCACUAUUUUGUUUUUCUCCCCAUGUCCCAUUAUCUGAAGGCUUUGGUUUGUGGACCCAUGGUGAAAGUGUAGCAGCACAUAAACGACCAGGAUGUUAAGACGACUGCAGUCACUUGACCUUUUGUGAAAAGACCACUUGCGGUUAUGAGGGAUUUAGACAGGGUCACCUAGAUGCUAUCUGCAUUGCCUACUGCUUAGAAUGAUUCCAAAUUUGUGUGCAAGUAUUUGCACUAACAUAAUUCCGUUCAGUACGUUGCAGAAUGCAGUUUCUUUCCACCCACAAUUUCUUUUGAUGACCAGUUUCACGGCAAAUGCAGGGGGAGCAAAUGCACAACUGAAAUGCAUAGAAUUCUGGAUUUAAUUGAAAUGAAUGGAGCCUUGAGUGAAGUAAAAUAGAAAUGCUGAACCUACUGUGUGGUUGUGUGUAAUAAUUGUCAGCACUCUGCAAAUUGUAUUGCAGCUGACGUGGUUUUGUGUUGGCAUCUAUUGUCACAAGUUUAUUUAAUUUUGAUCCUAUUCUGUUUGGUGCAGAACAUUCCGCAUACAUACUAGCAAUGAGGCGAAUUGAGUGUGAAGCCUAUCUUUGUUUUAUUGAAUAAUAUUUCAUUCAAAAUUCACCAAUAAUGGCCACAUGCAUUGAUGGCCAUUAUUGGAUUUCUUCAUUAAUAAUACAAAGUGAAUUGAGAUGUUGCUUUGAUUAAAAAGAAAAUACUCAGUCACAUGAAACUAUGACUAGCUGGCCAAUCAAAUAAUAUGGGUGAAAGAGGAAGAUAUUGCAAAUAAUAACCAGCAUGUGUUUAAAUGAUACUGUUAUGACAUUACAACAAUAUUGCAUAUCCCAAUGCACAUUUCUUGUUACUACUUGUUCUGUGUUUCACACGUCCCUUAAAAAAAACACACCACUGUAUGCUUGUAUGCAUUCACAGUGUGAAUAGAUCUGAUUCUGACACUGCAGGUGAUUCUUGACUGUACUGUGAUGUUGAAUUGCUUCAGUAUUCACUUAAAACUCUCCAUAUUCCUCAGCUGGAAACGUGAUGCCUUUUUUUUAUUUAUAGCUUUCUUUCACAAAACUGUUUUAAACUUGGGUUAUCAAUAAAUCUGUAACUGGCAUUGGAUGUUUUGUACUCUUCAUGAAAUCCUGAAUCUUCUGGGCACUAUUCUAACAAUUUAAGUGAGCAUGAUAGAUAAAUCAGUGCAUUUCUUUCAUUUAACAGGAGUAGAGAUUUGUAGGUAUUUGGAAAUGUUCCACUGGUCAUCAGAAAGACCAUUGUUCAAUGGUUAAUGUACAGACUUUUGUUUUUUUUUUAAAAAGACCUGUUCCUGAAUGUUCCAUUUCUAGAAUUAUAUUUCCAUGACUAAAUUUGCUCUGAAAUGGUGAAUACAAUCUGUCAGAAAACUUAUAUAAUAAUAUCUUGAAGAAGGGAAUAGAAGUAUAGUUUUGGUUGCCCUAGAUCUCUUAAUUGUAGUCAAAAGGGUUUGAGAAACUGCUAAGAAGUUUCUUUUUGAUAAAAUGUUAAAUUUUAAAGAAUAUGCAGCAUUGUAUGUGAAUUUGGUCUAAUUGAAAUACUCUCUGAGUCAGGUCUUUAAAAUUAAUCUAAAGUUUCAUUUACAUUGCAAUUUGAUUAAUAACAGAGUGAUAUUGGAGAAUUUUCAAGACAAAUUUAUUGGGAAGUCUGGUCAACUUUAUUCACUGGAACACAUCCAGUGUCUGAUGGCUUUUGGGAGAGUCUCUGGUAUUGGUCAUUUGCUGUUCCUGUUCUAAGGUGAUGGGUGAAAAUGGGGACCUAAAAAUGGAAGACACACUUUCUUUAAAACUGCUUGUGCAUUGGCACCCCGUACCAAAACUGGAGCCUACUUGCCUACUAUCAGCUGUGAAAUACCUUGCUUUAAUAUUUCACCAAGCUGAUUGUUGUAAUUCCCAUGGUUCAUUAUUGUGUAAUGAUACUAUAUAUACACAUGGCCUACUGAAUCCUUGUAUCAUCUCCAAAAGGAACUACACAUUCUGAUGUCAGAAUGUGUUUGUGCUAGAAUAAAUCUGUAAUUUUUCA